GGAACCGUGUUGAUGUAGAGAACCGAGAAAGACCGACACAGAACCGCAAAAGAUUCGGAGCUUUGAAAAUGAACACGCUUCCGGUCGUGACGUAAUUAUGAAACCCGUCUAUCGAGACAACAGAGCCUCUUCCAGGAAGUUCCGUGGGGAAGCAAAUACGUGUGAGACCAGCAAAGACAACAAACACUGACAGCUUAAAACAGCCUGCAGACCUCACCCCCCCGUCCCUCGCUGUGACCAUGGCGAUGGAGCUGGAUGUCUUUGUGGGCAACACCACGAUCAUGGACGAGGAUGUGUACUUGCUCUGGCUGGACGGCUAUACAGUGAGUGAUGCAGUGAGUAUGCGGAUGAAGAGUGGGGUCUUGGAGCAGUGUGGAGCUGCCCAGGACGUCCUGGAGAGCGACACCAUGGAUCAUUACCGCACCUUUCAGAUGACAGAGCAGCUGCUGCACAACCCCUCCAAACUGGUGAACCAGCUGCUCUUCCAGAUCCCCCCACACAGGCAGAAGAUGCUCAUCGAGAGGUACUAUGCCUUCGACGAGGCCUUUGUGCGGGAGGUCCUGGGGAAGAAGCUGUCUAAGGGCACUAAGAAGGACCUGGACGACGUCAGCGCCAAGACUGGCAUCACGCUGAAGAGCUGUCGACGACAGUUUGAUAACUUCAAGCGUGUGUUCAAGGUAGUGGAGGAGAUGAAAGGCCCGUUGGCGGAGAACAUCCAUCAGAACUUCCUGCUGUCGGACCGGCUCGCCAGGGAUUAUGCUGCCAUCGUGUUUUUUGCAAACAGUCGCUUCGAGACGGGCAAGAAGAAGCUUCAGUACCUGACCUUUGAGGACUUUGCCUUCUGCGCUGAGCAGCUGAUCCAGAACUGGACUCUGGGAGCCGUGGACAGCAUGGUGGAAGAUAAGGAUGUGGAUUUAGACAAAGAGUUUCUCCAGGAUUUGAAGGAUCUCAAAGUGCUUGUUACUGACAAGGAUAUGAUGGAUCAGCAUAAGAGUCUGGUCUGCACUGCGUUGAGAGGGAAGCUGCAAGUCUUCAAUGAAAUGGAGGGGAGCUUCAAGAAUCUCUCCCGAGGGCUGGUAAACAUCGCUGGCAAGCUGAUGAACAACAGGGACGUGCGAGAUCUCUUCGUCGACCUGGACCUCUUCCACCCCCCCCCUUCCACCAAGUUUAUUGAGCCGUGCAAGUCGGACAGAUGGAGCUCGAACGACGUGCGCCUGUUCCUGACGCAGCACACCAACGCCGUUCGAGCGCUCGACGCAUUCAAGCACCAGGCGGUGUGGGAGAGAUACAUGAGAGUGAUCCAGAGCUGCAUUCUGAAGAUGUACCACGACUAGCGUUUUAAAUAAAAUGUUUUAAAAACACAA